AUGCAACAACGCUACGCCGCAACGCCCAGCCCAGCCCCAAGCUCAGGCAAGGCCCAGCUGUCAGGGGCUGCCACCCAUCACUUUCUCCAGCUUUUCGACUUUCGCUCCCGUCCUACCGAGUACGCUCCUCUACUCUAUCUGUACAAAGCAUCGAUUUCCAAACUCAAAAAAACCACUAUCCGCACGAAAGCACGAGCACAGCCGACGAGACUACACAAACAGCUACAUACAAGCACGAAAACAUACAUACCCUCCCGGCGAUCCCUGUACGAUGGGGACUUUGAGGACUCGACGUUCCAGUUCGAGAUUGCGGCGACUCGUCAGCCCCAAUGGCAACAUAGCUCCUGGCGCAUAGCACAUUGCAUUGGCACACAAGCACAUCACCUCAACCCGCCAAACACAUUCGAGUUUCCGCGAGGCCUCGUCAACCCAGCCUUACCCCCAAUUUCCCCUGCCGAGAUUGAUGAAUUUGCUCAUGCCUGCCCUCCGCCCUCCCUUGCUUGCCGCUGCCGCUCGCAGUCUCGUCUUCAAACUCCAAGCCAAUUGACGACCGUCGUACGCCGCAAGCCGAUACUGGACCGCCCGUAUGAAGUCCGCAUCUGGACGUGCCGCGGGGGCCACUCAUCACGGGAACAGAUGCUGGGGAACCGGGAAGAUCAAGCCUUGGGGAGGAGACAAGAAGAUGCUCACGCCCGGGACACGAGCUUUCUUCAGCUGCAGGGCUCGGCCGCUCGUGUUGUGUUUACGAAUCCAUGCCGCAAUUACGACGAAUGCCAGCGUCGCAUCCCUUCCUUGGAGCUAUCAAGCCUUCAAACUCACAUCUCUCCCUUGGCAUCCUUUUUCCUCUUCGAUUGGCCAACAGCUCUCAAUGAUCAUGGCCAAGUCAGGACAGAUUUCGCCUUGACGCCUCAGCUAGUGGAGUCGCUCAUCCCACCUCAUGCUACACGUCGUCCAAUGCGGCGGCAGAAAUCCCCAUCUCGAAAAUCGUCAAUUGAGCCACCCACGCUGGGGGCCUUGAGAGGGGCAUGCCUUUGUGCCAUGGGCCCGGCGGAGAGGAUCCUCAAAUCGCUCAACAUGCGACCCUCUGCUGUGUAUGGAGUAGGGGGCAACGUAGACAGUCACAGUUCCAGAACGCUUGACGCCGCCGAUAAAAAAUCCACAAUCCACAUCCCGGGACUGCCCGGCGUCGAAUUUCGGCCGUGGUCAUUUUUGCCAUUCGGCUUCUCAUGCUGCUCCUCAGCAUACCAGCCUGCAACUAGUCUCGCAAGCCUGUAG